GAGCCUGUGUGCACGCCGCGAAAGCUUAAAUUAAACCAGACAAAGUUAUUAGUCGCAUCUCGCACCAUGAUAUUGGAAGUAUAUAACCAGCACAUUUAGCGUCUGAAACCAGGCUGUUAGAUUUUGCACUAACAUCCACCAACAAAUGUCUUCGCUCUCUUUUCUUGAUCACCAGUUGACCCUCUGCGAUCAGAUCUUCGAUCGGGCCGUCCUCCUCGGAGCGCAGCUAGAAUCGGCCAUUUCGGUAGUUCUGGGAGCAGCCAUAGUUGCCAUUACUGUGCCACUUAUCACGAUGUUUGCUUUGGAUUUCGGGGCCUAUGUGAGCACACUCGCAGCCCGGACUUUGGAGCACAAUUUUCUCGCAGUCAGACGGCCCGAAAUCGAGUUCUUCAGAACAUCUACCAGUAUUGGGCUUGUCUUUAAGAUGGAUUCACUGAGCGCAAUCCGAAAUCUCGUCAACAGCAACAUCCGAAAAUGUGGUUCAAGAUCCCUGAUGAGGAUUGAAGUUGUGGAUUCAACCAGACAGAGCUGGCCUCUACCAUGCGAUCUUAGCCAGGCCGUGCAGAUUUGGCAACCAAACGGGGAAUGAGGGCCCGUGGGCCGCAAGAGAUGCGCAAGGGAUCUUUGAUAUUUUCUUUUUUUCUUUUUUUCUAUUUUUACCCUAAUUU